AUGUCGGACUCGGAAAGCUUCGAGUUGCCCGUUGACCCUCCACCCAAGAUUCCCCCUAUUAUUUCCUUCAAUCAGUUGACAGAACUCGACAAAGCUCACCCCCUGUAUUCUCUUUACGACAUUUCUGCUUCACUUGAACCGAUAUUCAAAUCGUCCGCCCAACUCGCCACCAAAACAGGUCUGAUGGACUUAGUCCAUCAAUUGGAACGCUUCAGAAAAACUUUGGGCGAAGUAUGGACCGAAGAACCUCAAGUCACUUUGUCAGAGGCAACCGAGCUUGACACUUAUGUGCUUCGUGUAAUGGAGGACCUUGUGCAGAGACUUACUGAUCCAGGAGGUGAUCAAAACUCGUCGGGCCCACCAAGGGCUACGGAGGACAUAUCGUAUCUCACCCCAGACCUAAGUCCUGUCCCGAGUCCUGUCCCGAGUCCUGAGCCCUAG